GACGGUGUGCAUCCCUGUGCAGGUGACAUGGGCGUGUCUCGACUUUCAGUUUGACCCCUAUAUCUUUUCACCGAUGCCAUAAUAUCUGCUACCACAUCCCUGGGACCGGGCGGCAUGGCAUGAGUGGGUGUUCUUGAGGGUUCCCGGCCGUGUCUUGACAUCUUUUGCUCAUCCUUACACAUCGAUUCUUGUGAGAAUCUUGUCGUAUCCCACUCAAGGCUCCAACUACGACUAUGUCCGCCACCGAGAUUACUGUCCCUAUCACCAAGGCACCGCCCUACCGGGUGCACGAGGGCAAGACCGCCGUCAUCACUGGCGGUGCGAGGAGCAUCGGUGCGUCCAUCGCCCAAAACCUCGCGUCUAAGGGCGCCAACGUCGUCCUCGUCUACCUGACCGAGUCCUCUGACGAGCCCGCCGCCAUUCUGGCCGCGAAGCUCGCCGAGGCCCACGACGUCAAGGCCGUCCCCGUGCGUGCCGACUUCAGCACGCCCGAGGGCUGCGCCAAGAUCGUCGAGACCGUCAAGACAUCCCUCCCGCCCAACACAAAGCGUGGCGGCCCGCAGGUCGACAUCCUCGUCAACUGUGCCGCGCUCUUCCACGCCGUCCCGCUUGAGGCCGUGACCGUCGAGGACUUCCACAAGGUCUACGCCGUCAAUGUCCUCGGUCCCAUCCUUCUGACGCAGGCCGUUCGCCCUCUGCUGCCGGAUGACCGGUCAGGACGCAUCGUCAACGUCUCCAGCGUCGGUUCCAAGGUCGGCCUAGAGUACCUGACGCUGUACGGCGGCAGCAAGGGCGCCCUUGAAGCUAUGACACGCACUUGGGCGCGAGAGCUCAAGGAGCACUGCACGGUCAACGCCUGCAACCCGAGCUCGACCAUGACCGACAUGCUGCGCGGGGCGCCUGACGCGGCCAAGCAGGCUAUCUCCAUGUGGUACCCCCUGACACCGCUCAGCGGCAUCCGCGAGUGGGACUCGGAUGAGCAGAAGGAGAUGGCGGAGAAGUACGGCGGACGUGCUGGUUACGCGGAGGAGAUUGCCGGCAUCGUUGGCAUGAUCUGCUCGCCGGAGAGCGGCUGGAUGACGGGGUGCUUAGUUAGUGCCAACGGCGGGCAGUGGAUGGCGAGCUAGAUAGUCAUUCUUAAUAUGCCAAAGCCUGCGACGACCAACAAAAUGCCGGCCCUUUUGCCAGCGCCAGCAACGAAUGCGACUACUGCUCGACAAGCUGACGUUGCGGCCUUCUACGCCAAGUCCACAACUGAGGUUCCCCGGGCUCACUCUGUUCUUGUGGAUAGCAAGUUGUCCAUACUGCGGAUCCUCCUCGAUUGGUGCCGCGUCAUCGUCCCGAACGACAAGUACCGAAGCCCCUUUUGGUGGGGAUGCGUCGUUCUCAGCAUCUUCCAGUGCGUGUGGGGAGUUUUGUGUACGGAGCAGCGUUCGCAAUUAGACAGAUAUUCAUGUUAGGAUCGGCCUCGGUCCAGGUUGUGAGGGAUAUUUGCAUGGUACUACUUCCUCAAUGAGAGAUCUGGAGUUUCAUUGCCCUUCUGUUCG